CGGAGUCAAGUUGUCUUCUCUUGUGACAACAACACGUUACGCUCAUCAGAGAAACGGCGUUUACUCAACUGCGACACGACAACCUUGUGAACCUCCUAGAAGUGUGGAAGCGCCGCCGCCGCUGGUAUCUGGUAUUUGAGUUUGUGGACCGGACACUUCUUGAUGAUCUGCAGCAAAACCCAAGCGGGCUGGAGGUGAACACAUGCCGACAGUACCUGUACCAGAUCCUAAGGGCUGCGUCCUUCUGCCAUCAGCAAAAUGUGAGGAUAAAUGAUUAAAUAUAGAUAAGUUAGCUGUAUAGCAAAAGAACACCCACACUAACGUCCCAGUCAUUUUGUUCUAUAAGCAGUCCUGAAACAGGAGAGAAACCAAUCACUUUAGAAAAGAGCUUGAUAAGUUACUCCUAGCAGGCUUUCAAUGAGUAAAGACUGCAAUAUACCACAUGAUGCUCGUUCGUUCUUUUCAUUUCCAGAUCAUCCACCGUGACAUCAAACCAGAGAACAUCCUCAUCUCUCAGGAGGGCGUGGUUAAGCUGUGUGAUUUUGGCUUUGCCCGCACCGUUGCAUCGACCAGUGAGGGCAGCCUUCUCACUGACUAUGUGGCCACUCGAUGGUACAGAGCCCCCGAACUGCUGGUGGGAGACAUUAAGUAUGGCAAACCUGUAGAUGUGUGGGCUUUGGGGUGUGUAUUAUUAGAGAUGUUAACAGGUCAGCCUCUGUUUCCUGGAGACUCAGACCUUGACCAAAUAUAUCAGAUCAUCCGGUGCUUUGGUAACCUUACAAGUCAUCACCAGGAGCUGUUCUACAGAAAUCCUGUAUUUUCAGGAGUUACACUGCCCGAAUGUUCGGACAGAGUCACUCUCCAGCAGCGUUUCCCUACAAUCACACCUAUUAGCCUGGAUCUGGCACAGGAGUGUCUAGAGAUAGAUCCAGAAAGACGGGCUCAGUGUUCGGAGCUGUUAGAGCAUCCACUGUUUACACAAGACUCCUUCCACAUCAGAUUUUUGGACGAGCUAAAUUCUAAGAUCCAAAAAGACCACAGAGAGAACUCUACCUUUCCCAAAAUAACCAAAAACUCAAGAAAGAAUGAAAGGGAUGAGAAAAACUGUAGAGGCAAGGACAAGAAACAACCUGAAGACAUGGAUGAAAAAGUCAACAAGGAAAAGAUGGAGAAAGUAAAGGGAAAACAGCCUCUGAAGUUGUCUAAAACCACUCGUCAGUCAGAACCUUUAAUCUCCACUAAACAAUCCAAAGGAGGCAGCAAGGUUAUCCACAAUGCAGCUCAAUCUCCCAUGGCUUUGAAAAGUAAAGCAGGCAAAGCUGCUGGUGUAGACUUGAAGAAAGAAUCAGAGAUUCCAAAGAUAACUAGAACCCUUACUUUUGAUACAUCAGAGACCACCAAGACUGUAGCCAACCUGGACGUCGCGAACAGCACAGUAGCAAAACCAAAACAUGAGCGAGUGCUAUCUGCAGAUAUAAGGGAAGACUCUAUGAGAAUUAUAAAAGACAUGCACGGCAAUAGCUCUGACAAUACAGCGUCAGGUAAGACUGAGAAAAAUACCCCAGAGAGCUCAACACUGUAUAAAUUGGAACCAAGCCAGGAUUUUGAGCAAAAAAUGUAUAAAACGAUCAAAAAAGUUCCCCAGUUGUUGAAACAAUCAACUGCUGACCAUCUAAAUUUCUGCUUGACUCCAAAACUUUCUGUGGAAUCAGCCACUGAUUGGUCCAAUAGAGACUUGCCAAUAAAAUCCCCUAAAUUGGGAAGCAAUCAUCACAUUGAGGUCCAUACCACACUGUCUAUCACCAAACAGUAUGAGACCAAUAGUCAUACUGACCGAACAGCUGAUUCAGAAGAAAAAAAGACAUCUGGAUGUCCAGAAGUCCUACUAUUAAACCUCAAGCCGUCUGUGUCUACCUCAAAAAUGAACAACUCAUCUUUGCACACAUCAAAAAGUCAUACCUCAGAUCUUCCAAUACAGUCUUUCACAGUUUUUACUGAGAUCAAACCUCCCCACAGUACUAUGGUUGUACCUAAAGAAUUAUUAAAUCCAAAGUCCGAAACUGGAUCAUCCUCAAACCUGCUUCCACAGCACAAUAACCAUAGAGAAGAUAAAGACACCAAGGUGGACCUGCACAUAUCCCAUUCUUCUGCUGCAGACUACAAGGUACAUCCUGAAUCUUCUGAACCUUGCUGCCUUCAUCAGCAGAGCACUUCCAAACCUAAGACCUCCACAGAAGCCACAACUUCAACUGAAAACACAUUAAUAGGGGCUGGUCUUAGGACAACACUGAAUGUCUUGAAUAAAGAGAACCAAGAAGAUGUAGCUCUCACUGUGCCCAUUAGUGCAACAGCCAAGUCAUCAGUAACUCAAACCUCAAAUGUGUCUUCAGGUAAUGACAAACAGAACAACAGCAGUGACUUUGAAUCUGACAUAAAAGACUGGAAAGUUCCUCACUCCAAAUACUUGGUUGGAGAAUCUAAAACAAAGUCUGGAUCUUUCAGAGACCACACGAGAUCCACAAGAAAGGUGAAUGAAAGAAAAGACAAAGCCAGUAUAUCCAGUGUCCCAGAUGUGACUUCAGUCACGUCUACAGAAACUCUACACCACAAAGCUUUGACAAGAAGCUCUGUCCUUCACAACGAGGAUGGUGCAGACCUUACUGAGCUUGAUCUGAGUGUCUCUUGUUCUUCCCCACCCCCUCAUCCACCAUCCUCCACUCCUGUCCUCCUCCCUUCAUCCUCCACACCUCUUGUCAACUCCUUAGUCAUCAAAACCCAUGGCCCGGCCAUCAGUAAUCAUUAUAUCCUAGGGGCAAGUUCCCAUCCAAGGACCCCCACCCUGAGGACUUUAGAUAAGCCAAGACAUCAUGGUGGCAUUUAUACCCAAAAAACCCAACAGUUUCCAUCAAGUCAUGUUAAAGAAUUACUCACCUUCCAGGAGCCAGAGAGGAGUCCAAUCUGUGAACACUCCUUUGUAUCUGACUGCCUCCAGAAUAGCAGCGAUGUUUCCAAAACUAAGUCACACAUACAUUUCCCAGAUUUAGGAAAACAAAAAGGAGCUGCCACAAACCAGCGGAAAGUCAAACAACCAUCCCAUCUACCAUCAGAACCACAGCAGCGUGGACAUAACAGCACUGAAACACACUGAAGCAAACAUGAAAUGUACUCUUAUUUAUGUACAUAUGUACAUUUAUGUUAUUGUCCAUUCUAAAGGUUUAUUUAUCUGGAUUUUGCUUUUGUAACCAGAUUUAGAUUGAGUGAUUUGUCAAAUAACCAAAUACUGUUGAAAAUACAGCAACAAAACAGUAAACUUUGAACAUUUUUUCAAAGAGAUAGACAAUGUAUAUCAUUGUAACUUGUUUUUCUGUUUAAUUACGAUAAACCUUUUAAAGUGGCAAAUAAACGGUUUGUAAAUAUAUUUUGA